AUGAAAAAACAAUCAACAACUGAUGACAAUCAGCCUGAAAGAGAGGAGGAAAUAGUCUAUGAGAAAGUUGCUUUUGCUAAAAUUGUCAAUUAUAUUACUAGUAAAACUGCUAACCUUAAAAAGAAUGAUGUAUUAUCCUUUAAUCUUUAUGUCAGACUUGAUACUGUACAAUAUGAUGCAAAGAAUAUGAUAAAGCUAAUAGUGAACAAGAUCGAGAAGUUUGACAUAUAUGAUUGGAUGUUUACGACUGAUCCUGAAAUGUUAUUAUAUUAUCAUGAUGUCAGCUUGUUUUUACCUGGCAUGUUUGCAGUACCGUGA